AAUGCAUCACAUUGUAAGCAUUAGAGCAUAUUCUUCUUCACCGUGCAUUACAGCAUCUCAUUUCUCUCAUUUCAACCACAAUGGUUCUCCCGACGCAAUUGAUUAUUUGUGCAGCCAUCAAAGUUCUCAUUGUUAUCCUGACAAUAGUAGCAUUGAUUCUGCUCGAUCCAGAAUAUACAGUGGCUUAUAUUUCAGUGAACUAUGAAAUUGUUCUCAUUUAUAUCAUUUCGUCACUUACCUUACUUUAUUGCAUCGUUUCCAUUAUUAUGUAUGUCAUUGUGCACCGUCAAAAAAUGGGCGAAAGAAGAGCGGUAUCUCUUACAAACUGCUCUAUCACUGAAGUGGUAUUCGCCGGUGCAGGAAUGAUUGCAUGGAUGCUAGUAUGCGGUAUCGGUGGAACUAUUUCUCAACGAACUAUCAUCGAAACAGGAGAACGUUUCGGAUGGAUUGCUGCCUGUGCUGGUAUCAUUGUAUCACUAUAUCUGGCGAUAAUGGCACUUUUUUGUCUGAAUCUUAUAACGGAGAAAGUGUUCAGUCCAGAACGGAACAAUAAAUAUGUUAGCGCACAUUAUCCUCAUAAUUCGAGGAUAUGAAUGAUACAGCUAUUUGCGAAUUGAUUCCAAAAAUGAUAAUCGCUUCGAACAUUGUUCACUUUUCAAGGUUUAGCUAUUGUCUACUGGCAAUUAUGAUUACUUCUAUGCACUUAUAUCUACAUGUGUAACCAUAUAUAUGCAUGUGUGAUGUAUUAUUAUUACUAUUACUGAC